CGGCACUUUCCCUGUUCUUCCCCUGUUCACCCAAAGGGCGUGCCACUUGGUCAUCUGAACUGGGAACCGAGGUUGAUUAGUUAUCAAGUCCGCAGUGGUCUCUCAACGUCUCUUCUGUUUCUCUCUGUCGUUUUGUUGGGAGUCCCCAACAUCUGAAGUUCUGAAAGUUUUAGGUGGCCGCUUCUUCUUACAUAUAUGAUACAACAUCGCUGGUGCUUACAAACAAAUCGGUUAAUAAUCAGUGCAGAGUUUCGCGCAAUUCGGUUAUCGUUAUCGUCAUCGCCCGUCAGAACCUUGGCUGCAACCGUAUUGUCCACCAGGAUGGCCCGCCCGAAGAUCACGCUAUAUGUCGACACGGUCAGCCCGUUCGCCUAUCUGGCCUAUCACGUUCUCAGGCAUGACGCGGUUUUCAAGGGGUGCGACAUCACCUACGUGCCCGUCUUCCUCGGUGGCAUCAUGCACAAAUGUGGCAAUGUCCCGCCCAUAAAAGUCAAGAACAAGGACACCUACAUCAACACGGAGCGCCUCCGCUGGGCGCGGCACUUCUCGGUGCCCAUGACGAGCGGCCUGCCGCCCGACUUCCCGGCCGUCACGCUGCCCGUCAUGCGCGCGCUGUGCUACCUCGAGGCCCAGGACGCCCAGGAUGCCGCCGCCGCGGGCCAGCAGCAGCAGCAGCAGCAGGAGGAGCCGCAGAAGCAGCCGCGCCUGAUUAAGGCGCUGGACGAGUUCUACCUGCAGUACUGGGGCAACGCGGUGGCGACGCACAAGCCCGAGGUGCUGAAGCAGACGCUGGCGGGACUGUUUGGCGAGGCCGGGGCCGACAAGAUCCUCGCCGAAUCCACAACCCCCGCAAUCAAGCGAGCCCUCAUUGCCAACACGGACCGCGCCUUCGAAUCGGGCGCCUUCGGCCUGCCCUGGAUGGAGUGCACCAACGCCGAGGGCAAGACGGAGGGCUUCUUUGGCGUCGACCACCUCGGGCAGGUCGCCCAGUUUCUGGGGCUGCCUAGGCCGGGAGAAGCCAAGGGCCACAACGGGGACGAGGCCGGGUCGUCGGGAUGGAGGGCAUUGUUGUAGCCUCAGAUAGGUGGACUUUACUGAACAGGUCAUAGGCGUUUCGCCCUGUUACUGAUGUGCUGUGUAUCUAUGUACAUACAUACCUAAGUACCAAAAUUUGCUCAGCCGGCCCCCGUGUGAGAGACCAUCAUUCGGUGAUCAUGACCAAGCGAGUUGAUCAGCCUUGGGACAUGGGGCAUGAGGGGGAGGGGCUAAGCUAUAGUCGCGUCCCUGCGUCGACUCCACCAAGCAGAGGACCGCCCAGGGUUCGCGAUUAUUUAUUCUUUGUUUUGGUCUCGAACCGAGCGCGUCGC